CUUUCAAGAGUUUCAACUAUGAAGAUAGAUUUGAAGAAUGUGAAAAAUUAAGGCAUAAUGUGGGCGUUCACAUGCAUUGGUUAGUUGUUUACCAUUAAAUAUGUCAAUUUUUUUUUUUUUUUUUUUUAUCUAUCAUGGCAAAUGCUUAAGGUCAAACCUAACACAAAUUAUAAACUUUUUUUUAAAUUUUUUUUUUUAAAAUUUUUAACUUUACCAAUUAAUUGUGACAUGGAGAGAAUUUUAAGGGUAUUAUUUUCUUGAGUUAAGAGUUAUUGUAUUCCGUACAUUGUAACAAAUUGUUCGACAAAUGACUAAAUGACUCACUUGAACUAAACUUGAUUAAGAUGAUACAUUCACUACUUGCAGUUUCACAAAUCGCAUGCAAAAGAAUUAGACCAAAAUAUGUCCAUUCCUUAUCAAAGACAAAGACUAUUCCAAAGCCAAAUAACAAAAGAACAGCCAAACUAAAACUAACUUUAUUAGGUUUCAAAAAAAAAAAAAAAAAAAAAAAAAAAAAAAAAAAAAACCUAACUUUAUCAAAUCAAAUAACCCUCUUUUUAUGCUCACGAGAAGAUAGAUAAAAAGUCUUAAGAUAUUCAUGUGCCUUAAACUUGUAGGAUGACCUCCUACUAAGGCAAUACACUACAACUAUACAUACACCCCUCAUUCCUCUUCUUACCAAAUCUGUUACUUUCUCUCUCCUCUUCUUUAUAUUUCAUACAUUGCUUUCUGUGCUUACUUAACAGAAAGUUACAUCUGAAUUUUCCCAGCAGAUAUCAGUCCAUAAUCAUCAUAUUUUCUGCAAAAAAUAAAAAUCUCUUUUUUAACCAAUCUUCUGUUUUUUGUACUUCCCAUUUUUGUCAUGGAAACUUCCUCCAUUCUUGGUUCUGCAGAAUCAUCUGACAGUGCUGCAGCCAACUACCGCGGUGGUGAACACUCGUUUCACCAUUCGCCACCCGGAAACUAUGAUGAUAAGCAGAGUAAUCAGGGGAGUUUUUCGCUGACUUCCAUUCUCCUGAUUGUCAUACCUAUCUUCAUACUUAUUCUCCUUUCCUUCAUCGUAGUUCUUAUUAUACUACUUCGACGACAGAGGAGGUCAUCGAAGUGUAACAAUUAUAACAGCAACAGCAACAGCAACAGCGACAACAGCUGCAAGUUUGCUGCUGAUACUGCCAUCAGUUUUACUGAAAGCAGUCCAGAGGUGAAGAAUGGGUAUAUGUCAAAUCCGAGCUCAAGGCGUACAUCAUCACAAUUCAAACAAAAAGGUGUACAAGUAUUCACAUACAAGGAGCUAAAAAUGGCAACAAAUAACUUCAACGAGGCGAAUGUGAUAGGGCACGGAGGUUAUGGGGUGGUGUACAGAGGAAUUCUAGGAGAUGGGACUGUAACAGCAAUUAAGAUGGUGAACAGCAAUGGCAAGCAAGGAGAGCGUGCUUUUAGAAUAGAGGUGGACCUACUAAGCCGUUUACAAUCCCCUUACCUAGUUGAGCUACUUGGCUAUUGCGCGGACCAAAAUCACAGGCUCCUAAUCUUUGAAUUUAUGCUCAACGGCAGCCUACAGCAGCACCUACAUUCACCUCACACAUACCCUCAGCCAUUGGAUUGGGGCACUCGACUACGUAUCGCCCUUGAUUGUGCUCGUGCCCUCGAGUUCCUUCAUGAGCAUGUAACACCUUCCAUAAUCCACAGGGACUUCAAAUGCAGCAACAUUCUAUUGGACCAUAACUUCAGGGCUAAGGUGUCUGAUUUUGGUUUGGCUAAGACAGGUUCUAAUAAGAUCAACGGUCAGAUUUCAACUCGCGUCUUAGGGACCACCGGAUACCUGGCUCCAGAGUACGCUUCAACAGGGAAGCUGACCACAAAAUCAGAUGUUUACAGCUUCGGGGUUGUUCUUUUACAGCUCAUUACAGGACGUGUACCCGUAGAUACAAGGCGUCCAUCAGGAGAACAUGUCCUUGUCGAUUGGGCUCUUCCAAGAUUAACUCACAGACAGAAGGUAAUGGAAAUGAUUGAUCCAAAUUUAAAAGGGCAAUACUCCCAAAAGGAUAUAAUUCAGAUUGCAGCGAUUGCUGCUGUUUGUGUACAAGUAGAGCCAGAUUACAGACCUUUGAUGACGGAUGUUGUGCAGUCUUUAAUCCCUUUGGUGAAAAAUCUUUCAUCUGCUCCUUCAAGUUCAUCCAGAUAUCUCACUAAUUUCGUCAGUCCAAGGUCUCAGAGGCCGUCUUUGUCAUAG